CCCCCCCCCCCGGCGGCCAUGGCGUCCGUGAAGGGCCUCAACACGUCCUCGUCCAGCAGCAAGCGCUUCGUGUUCAAGACCUUCUCGGAGCGGGUGGGGGAAAUAGACAUCAAUGUGUACCGUAGCAUCGAUAAGGUUAAGGCGGAGCCCUCGAGCGGUUCCUCGUUUUUCCUCGACGCUCUGGUGGAGUGGAGGGAGCUGAAUACUGCAGAAGACUUCAUCUCGUUUUACGAUGAGAUGAUACCGUUGGUACAGACAUUGCCACAAAUCGUAUUGCACCGUGAGAAAAUAUUUUCUGGGCUGCUACAACGAGUAAAUAUGGCGGCACGAUUGUCCCUCGAGCCAAUAUUCAUGUUAAUUGCUGAACUCGCCAGGGAUAUUCUAGAGGAAUUUUUGCCGUUUCUAGCAAGACACGCCAGUGCUAUUUUGGCUCUCCUUAGUGAUGGGGGUGAUCGUGACCCUGAAAUCCUGGAGCAGGUCUUCACAUCUUGGUCACGCAUAAUGAUGUACUUGCAGAAGUAUCUAGUAAAAGAUGUUGUUCAGAUUCUCAGGAUCACAUCUCCGCUGAGAUUUUUCCCAAAGGAUUAUGUGAGAGAAUUUAUGGCUGAAUCUGUUUCAUUUUUGCUGAGGAAUGCACGUAACAAGGAACUAACAGAAGGUUUAAAGAAAGCUCUGCGUGAGGCUGCUAAAAAGUCGUCACCUAUACGGAUAGACGGUGUGACUGCGUUGCUGUGGCACGUAAUGAGAGGAACUUACACAAAGCUUCACUCAAAAGCUGAAAAUGUCAUGAAGUUCUUGUUGAGCAAGUCAAUACCUCUCACUAUCGACAAUAAAUUCCCAGAUGGGUCUUCUACUACUCGUGAGGUCAUAACUGGUGUUAUCCAUAGAUUAUGCAACGAAGUGGAUCAGAAAGAGUUAGCGUUGAUAUAUACUUGCUUGUUUAAAGAAAUCAACAGCUGCAUUGAGGAUGACUGUUUGGGGCAUUUGAAACACUUGAUUGAUUUUCUUACAUUUGCUCUAGAAAACAGCAAGCAGAGUGAUAUGCUCGACAAGGCUGGUGUUAUUGAACUUGUGAAGUUGCUGAUCCGUAAGUAUGUCAGGCCUGGUAGCAGCACAGGAGAGGCUUCUUCAUCUGAGUUUCUUGGGAGUAUCUUGGACUUUCUUCUUUGUGUUUUAGAUGUUCCAGUUAUUUCUUGCAAUUUAUCCAUCAUAUACGCCCCUGUAUUUGAACUAACCAAUUUGAGCGCGGUUGCCUUCAUAAAAAAGCUUUUCAAGAAAGGCCCACAAAUUAUACAAGCUUUUGAAAGUCAGAUACUGAGUGCAAUGGAUAAUGUUCUUGAGACUUCACCCGAGGAAGUUCUCUUUAUCCUUCUGCAUUUAUUUAAGAAAUCAACAGAUGGAGUAACUCCUCAUGACAUUAAUGGUAGUCAUCUUGAUCGGGAGAAGAAAGUGUACAAGUUCUGUGAUUCAAACGUCCGUUUAUGGAUAGAGUUAGUAGAUGAUAUAGUCAAGACAGGCAAUCAUUUGAGUAAUCCGGUCAGUGUAAAGGAAGCUGCUAUACUAUGGGCAUCUGUUCGCUGCUAUUCAAAUGUUAAAGACGCCCCUCAAGAUAGUUUAGCAAUGCUGAAUAAGUUUAUUCACAGCCUUGAUCUGUUACUUGAGGUGGAAGAAGAUAGCAUUAGUGGUCUUCCAAAGAAUAUCUGGAGAAGUCUACUCGGUGCAGCAUUAUUAUCGUACCAUGAACUACUGCUGGUUAACGUCGGUAAAAAAUCAGAAUUAAGUUUAUUCCUAUCUCUUGCCAAGAGGCACAACACAUGUCCGCAAGUACUCUCUGCUGUAGCUGAAUAUUUGGAUUCCCUACAUGGAGCAACUUCCCUGGGGAUGACGGAAGAAUUUGAUCCACAGAAUCUCUUGAAUUCAUUCUGUAUUUUUGGUGCUAGCUUGAGCAGUCCAAAUAAGAAUGUCCGUGUUUUGACAUUGAGGAUUUUAUCUUAUUAUGCAAAGAUGGAUCAACGCCUAGGCUCAGAUGAUGAGCGGCCACAUAAGAGGCGAAAAGCAGAAGAUUCUGCAGAGGAAAUUCUUGAACUUAAAUACACUAAUGUUGUGGAUACUCUUCUCGCUGUUGAAUCAACUCCAGUUUCAGUAUCUACUAGCCGCAAAAUUGCUAUCUUUGUUUCUCGGAUAGAAAUGAGUCUAUCUUCUAAUACGGUUCAUGAUGAUUACAUACCUCUUCUCUUGCAUGGGAUUGUUGGCAUCUUAUACAAUCGAUUUAGUGAUCUGUGGCCACCAGCACUGGAUUGUCUUGCUGUCCUUGUUAGCAAACACAAGGAACUUGUUUGGAGUCAGUUUAUUCAGUUUAUCACAGUUUACCAGUCAAAGGGUCUAACCGUGAGAAACGAAGAGAAGCUGGAAGUUGUGUCCCACCCAGAAUCUAUUAUUGACUUCUUCAGCUUAUAUCUUGCUACGGAUUUUGACUGUACACCCCCUGAGACAAUUGCUACACUAUUGCUUCAAGCCCUCCAAAAGAUACCUGAUGUUGCUGAGUCUUGCUCUCGACAUGUUGUUCCAUUAUUUCUAAACUUCAUGGGCUAUACCGAUGGUAGCAUCACUAGUGUUGAUUCAUAUAUGUCUGACAAGUGUAAAGGCAAACAAUGGAAAAUGAUUCUAAAAGAAUGGCUGAACUUGUUGCGAGCAAUGCGCAAUGCUCGAUCACUGUCCAAGAGCAAGAUUAUUCAGGAAAUAUUAACUGAAAGGGUCCUUGAUGAGAGUGAUCCUGACAUACAGGCAAAAGCAUUGGAUUGCAUUCUGAACUGGAAGGAUGAAUUCCUAAUCCCAUACAGUCAAAACCUUAGGAAUCUGAUCAGCUUGAAAACUCUCCGUGAAGAACUCACCACGUGGGCAGUUUCACAUGACUCUUUGUCUAUUCAGAAAUGUCACAGAAGUCGUGUUGUUCCUUUGGUUAUUCGUGUUUUAACACCUAAAAUAAGGAAACUGAAGCUGCUUGGUUCUCGAAAGCACACAGGGGUUAGCCAUCGGAAGGCCAUUCUCCGUUUCCUUCUGCAGUUUGAUGCAAAGGAGCUUGAGCUCUUUUUCUUGUUGCUAUUGAAGUCCUUGGUCCCUGGGAGCCUUCAACUUGAAAUGUUCUCUUCUCAGUCCGGCGACCAACUUAAAAGUAUUUCUGAUGUCGUGGGAACUUCAUUCAGCAUCUGUCUAGCGAGCCUUACAUGGAAAAGGGCAAAUGGUUUUCUUCAUUUAGUGGAAGAGAUUUUUGGUUCUUUCGGCAUGACACAUAUAGGUCCAUUUCUUAAUGCUCUAUUGAUCAUUGUUGUUCGGUUGCUGGAGAGUUGCAUGCGGAAUCUUGGAAGCAGCAGGGAUGAGAAAGAUCCUUGUAAACAAUCAAAUCACCCUGAUAAUGAUUGUUCGAUUGACCAGGAAGCUGACAAUUCCAUAGAUCUGAACGAAUGCCCAAUCAAGGUGACAGUAGCCGACGAUACUGAGGCAAGUGCCUCAGUCAAGCAAUUAAAGGAUCUUAGGUCCUUGUGUAUUAGAAUCGUUUCCUUGGCACUUGGUCAGUAUGAAAGUCAUGACUUUGGAGAAUACUUCUGGAGUACUUUUUUUGCUUCUGUGAAACCUCUGAUUGACUGCUUCAGACAAGAGGCUGCCAGUAGUGAGAAACCGAGCUCUUUAUUUUCUUGCUUCAUGGUUAUGAGUCAGAGCCCAAAAUUAGCACCACUAUUAGGGACAAAUAACCUUGUACCGGCUAUAUUUUCUAUUUUGACUGUGAGGACAGCGUCAGAAUCUAUCACCUCCUAUGCACUUGAGUUUAUUGAGAAUCUUUUGAGGCUGGAUAAAGAUUUGGAGCAGCAAGAAGAUCACUCGGUGAAGAAAAUUCUUGCUCAACAUAUGGAUGUUCUUCUCAACAGUCUCCAUGAUUUUGUUAAUUAUCGCAAAGAACUUCACAGGAGAUCUGGGAGAUGGCUUGGUCAACGUGAACUUAGGUUGUUUAAACUAUUGCUAAAUUACAUCACAGACCCCUCAGCUGCAGAGCAUGUUGUAGACCUCGUGCUUCCGUUUUUCAGUAAGAAGGAUUUGAACCCUGAUGAGUGCCUGGAAGCUCUACAUGUUGUAAGGGGAAUAAUACAAAAUUUACGACAUGGUGUCUGUGUAAAAAUUGUAAAUGCACUCAAUCCAUUGCUUGCGACUGUUGGACUCGAGCAGCGGCUAUGUAUCUGUGAUAUUUAUGAUGGGCUUUCAUUGCAUGAGUCUUCAGUGUCCUCUCUGGCUCGGUUACUGCGAGAUCUGAAUGCGGUUUCAACCUCAGAACUAGGUGAACUAGAUUAUGACAUGAGAAUCAGAGCAUAUGAUACGGUUCAGCCGCAGUUAUUUCAUGGCAUGCAAGAAGAGCAUAUAGGUGCCAUAUUAUCUCACUGCGUGUAUGAUAUGUCAUCCGACGAGCUAAUUUUCCGGCAAAGUGCAUCCAGGGCUCUUCAAUCAUUCCUGUGCUUCUCUGCAUCAGUCAUGAACAAUGACCCCGGCGGCUCUGUUGAAACAACAACUGUUAAACCUGGAGACAAUAAUUCCAGAAACAUUUGCAUGAAAGGCCGUAUUCAACAAAUAUUAGAGAGAACUUACCUUCAUAAUAUGGGAACAGCAAUGUCUAAAGAUAUAUCAGUUCAAAAGGAGUGGAUCAUUUUACUUCGGGAGAUGGUCUAUAAUUUUGAUCAUGUACCGUCCUUAAACUCCUUCAGGCCUCUCUGUAAAGACGAUCUGGAUGAAGAUUUUUUCCACAACAUAAUUCAUUUACAGGCUGGUAAAAGAUCCAAAGCAUUAUCUCUUUUCAGGCAGGCAAUGAAAGAUACCAACUUUUCAGAGGACGUGACUAUGAAAGUCUUUGUUCCACUAUUUUUCAAUAUGUUUUUUGAUGUCAAAGCUGGGAAGGGUGAACAUGUAAGAGAUGUAUGUUUGGAUACACUUUCUUCUGUCGCUGCCAAAGUGCAGUGGGAGCAUUACAGAACAAUACUGAUGAGAUGCUUCCAUGAGUUGAGUCUCAAGCCUGAUAAGCAAAAAGUCAUUUUGAGGCUAAUAUGUGCUGUUUUAGACGCGUUCCAUUUCAUGAAACCCGCAACUGAUAUCUUCAGUAAUUCUGAUGGUAUGAUUGGAGAUUCUCAUUCUUCUGUUACGUUCUCCUCGACCAUAGUCUCUUUGGAGAAGCAACAAUACCUGCGAAAGGUAGUAUUUCCACAGGUCCAUAAGUUACUGGGAGCUGAUCCAGAGAAAGUCAAUGUAAGCAUAAACCUGGUAGCACUCAAAAUACUCAAGUUACUACCGGUGGAUUAUUUCGAGUCACAACUUUCAAGCAUCAUACAUCGGAUUUGCAACUUUCUCAAGAAUCGUCUUGAAAGUGUACGUGAUGAAGCAAGGUCAGCUUUAGCUGCAUCGCUAAAGGAACUUGGGAUUGGUUACUUGCAGUUUGUGGUCAAGAUAUUGAGGGCGAUACUGAAAAGGGGUUAUGAGCUACAUGUUCUGGGCUACACCCUUCAUUUUCUAUUAUCAAAAACGGUGACUGUUGAGAUGAAUGGUAGUCUUGACUAUUGCUUACAAGAUUUGUUGUCUGUGGUCGAGAGUGAUAUACUUGGAGAUAUUGCGGAACAAAAGGAAGUUGAGAAGAUUGCCUCCAAAAUGAAAGAGACGAAGAAGAGAAUGUCAUUUGAGACUCUUAAGUUGAUUGCUCAGAGUAUUACAUUCAGGACACAUUCUUCGAAAUUAAUCUUGCCGAUUUCUGCACAUCUUCGGAAGCACCUUACUCCAAAAUUAAGAACGAAACUUGAGGCGAUGUUACACAGUAUAGCCUUGGGGGUUGAGUGCAACCCAUCAACUGAAACCUCUAACUUAUUUAUAUUUGUUUAUGGCCUUGUUGAGGAUACCAUUGAAGGGAAUGAAUCUCAGCGCAAAAAGAAUAUGGAAUCCGGUCCUGGUCAAAAAAAUAUUCUCAGAAUGAAUUUCCUAGAACUUGGCGAGAGCGGGUUACAAAAUUCCUAUAUAUUUACCAGGUUUGCACUUUCUUUGCUGCGCAAUCGGUUGAAGAGCAUCAAGCUGCACAAGGAAGAUGAGCAACUAUUGUCUAUGUUAGAUCCGUUUGUCAAUCUUUUGGGAAAAUGUCUGAGUUCCAAGUAUGAAAGUGUUCUUUCUGUCACUUUUAGAUGUCUUGCCAUGUUGGUGAAGCUUCCUUUGCCAUCUCUCAAGGACAAUGCAAAUCCUAUCAAGAGUGUACUAAUGGAGAUUGCGCAGAGAACUGGAAAUUCUAAUGGCCAUUUGGUCACAUCUUGUUUGAAACUACUUGCUCAUCUGCUUAGAGGAUUUAGGAUUUCACUUUCAGAUGAUCAACUCCAGAUGCUUGUCCGUUUCCCUAUUUUUGUUGAUCUCCAGACAAACCCAUCACCUGUUGCUUUAUCGCUUCUGAAAGCAAUUGUCAAAAGAAAAUUGGUUUCCCCUGAGAUUUAUGAUAUUGUAGUUGGGAUAGGAGAAUUGAUGGUUACAACUCAAACAGAGUCUAUACGCCAGCAAUGUAUGCAAAUUCUGCUACAGUUUUUCCUAAAUUACCCACUCUCAGGGAAGCGCUUACAACAGCAUAUUGAUUUUUUCCUGACAAACCUGAGUUAUGAGCAUGCAUCAGGAAGAGAAGCGGUGCUCCAGAUGCUCCAUGAUAUUCUUACCAGAUUCCCUCAGAGGAUUAUUGAUGACCAGGGUCAAACUUUUUUCCUUCAUCUGGUAGUUGCCUUGGCAAAUGAACAGCAACAGAAGGUGUCUUCUAUGAUCGUCGUAGCAAUCAAGAAGCUGUUAGGGCGCAUUGGUGAUCAGGGAAAAAAAUCUAUUUUUGAGUACUCUCUUUCCUGGUACACUGGUGGAAAACAGAAUUUGUGGAGCGCUUCAGCCCAGGUUAUUGGUCUACUUGUUGGGAAUCGCUCGUUAGGAAUUGGUAAACAUCUUGAAAGUAUUUUGGAUGUUGCGAAGCGAAUAAUGGAAUCUUCUUGCACCACUUCUGGAGGAGUACAACUAGACUUAACUGGGGAAACUGGUCUGCCAUUUUGGAAAGAGGCUUACCAUUCUAUUCUAAUGAUGGAUAACUUACUUGAACACUUUCCAGAGUUGUAUUUCAAACAAAAUACAGAGGCGAUAUGGAUGACAAUUUGCAAGCUACUGAUACAUCCCCAUUUUGAGUUACGCAAUAAUUCUAGCUCUCUGGUAUCCAAGUAUUUUGCUUCAGUAGAGAAGAGGAAACAAGAGAAGUUGGAUGUCACAUCAUCGUUCCUUGUCCAACCAAGCAGGCUAUUCCUAAUUGCUACUGCUUUCUUGAAACAGCUGAGGAUGGAGCUAAGUGAUACUACGGAAAAUAAGAAAAUUGUACACAAUCUUGCAUACUCAAUCUGUAACUUGCAUGUGUUGGUUAAGCAAACUACUUCAUCGCAUAAGUUUUGGUCUAGCCUUGGUUCUUGUGAUCAUGGUGCCUUCCUCGAGGGUUUUGAAUUGCUUGGUUCAAGAAAAGCAAAGAACACGUUUCUCCUCUGCACUGCCUCUUGUAGUGAUAUAGCUGGAUCUGGCCUUGACAGCUGUGAAGAACUUGCAUCUUUCUUUGUUUCUUCUCUCCUGAAGAAAAUGGGAAAAAUUGCAAUGCAGAUGGAGGACACACAUAUGAAGAUCGUGUUCAGUUGUUUCAGUAUGAUUUCACUAAAACUAAAAACUGAAGCUGAAUUUUCAACCUAUGCUGUUCACAUGUUGGCCCCAUUGUACAAAGUUGCUGAAGGAUUUGCUGGGAAAGUCAUCACUGAUGAAGUUAAGCAGUCAGCAGAGGUGACCAGGGACAAACUACGUGAUCUGAUUGGUGUUGAGAAGUUUGUGGAAAUUUACAACAGUGUUCGUAAGGACCUGAAAGCAAAGAGGGAGAGCAGAAAGCAGGCUGAGAAGCUUGUUGCAGCCGUCGACCCAGCGCGGCACGCCAAGAGGAAGUUGCGAAUGUCUGCCAAGCACCGAGAACACAAGAAGCGGAAGAUAACAGCGUUGAAGAUGGGAAGGUGGAUGAGGUAGUGUUUGUUGGUGCUUAGCUUCAAGCCGAAGCAAGUUGUACAGCGUUCACUUCUGUGAGGCAUGUUGUUCGGCUAUUGGACCUUGAAAAUAGCUUACCACACGUUCCAUGUGGUGUUUGAGACGGCUGGCAGAAAAUUUUGUAUGCUAGAUGUAUACAUGCAUAUAUCGAUCAAGUUAUGCUGUACCAUUGCAGUUUUGUUGAUGACCUGUAGAAACCAGUGAAUGAAUUGAAUUUGCUUAUCUAAACGUGCAAAAAUGGCGACGAUACUUUUGUGCUUA